UAUAUCUCCCCAUAAUCUUAGCCAAAGACCAAAGAAACAUUCCGACAUAAACGUGGGCUGCCACCUUUUAUUUACUUAACAUAUAUGUGUGUGUAUAAAUUGUGACAUCUCUUUCUUAAAUCUUGUACCUAAAUCCCAACUGCUCCACACCAUGGUCCCAACAAUCUCAAUCCUACAAAAACUAACUCUAAUUCUACUAUCCCUCAACUUAUCCACAACCCUAGUCUAUUCACAAUACUCCUACAAAACCUCUAACAAGGUCAUGAACCCUAUAGACUCAUGUUGGCGUCCCAAAUCGAAUUGGGGCGCCAACCGCCAAGCCCUGGCUGAUUGUGUGGUGGGGUUCGGAAAGAAUGCAAUUGGGGGAAAAUACGGCGCGAUCUAUGUGGUCACCGACCCAUCAGACAAUCCGGCCAUCCCGAGGCCGGGCACGCUCCGGUACGGAGUGAUCCAAUCCAAGCCACUAUGGAUUGUUUUUGCUAGGAACAUGGUCAUAAAGCUGAAAAAUGAGCUCAUGAUAAAUAGUUACAAAACAAUUGAUGGGAGAGGGGUUAGGGUUGAGAUUGCAUAUGGGCCUUGCAUAACUAUACAACAUGUGAGCCAUGUGAUUAUACAUGGUAUUAGUAUCCAUGAUUGUAAGCCCGGGAAGUCCGGGACUGUACGGGAUAGCCCUACCCACCUCGGCCACCGACGCGGCUCUGAUGGCGACGCCAUCGACAUAUUUGCUUCGUCCGACGUGUGGAUCGAUCACUGUUAUCUUGCUCGUGCCACCGACGGCCUCAUUGACGUGAUCCACGGCUCCACCGGGAUAACCAUCUCCAACAAUUUCUUUGCACAACAUGAUAAAGUUAUGUUGUUUGGCCAUGAUGACAAGAAUUUGGAGGACAAAAAAAUAAAAGUUACCGUAGCUUUCAACCGUUUUGGGCCUGGUUUGAUUCAAAGAAUGCCAAGGGUAAGGUUAGGUUAUGCACACGUGGCAAAUAAUAGAUACGACCAAUGGCAAAUGUAUGCUAUUGGUGGAAGUGCCAAUCCAACUAUUUUCAGUGAAGGCAACUACUUCAUGGCCCCUAACAAUCCUUCUACAAAACAAGUUACAAAGAGAGAGGCUAAAAAUGGAUGGAACAGUUGGAAAUGGAGAUCAUCAAGGGAUAGGUUCAUGAAUGGGGCAUACUUUGUGCCUUCUGGAUAUGGAAGCAUAACUCCUGGCUACACCAAAGCGCAGUCGUUUCGUGUGGCAGAUGGAUCGAUGGUGCCUUCGUUAACGACGGAUGCAGGCCCAUUGAACUGCUAUGCUAAUAGACCUUGCUAAAAUGUUUCAUGUGAAUAGUAUAUGAUAGUGAUUUUGUGACAUACAAAAAUCAUCAUAUAUCAUUGUAAAAUCAACCUGCCGUUUUUAGAGAAAAGCAGGAAUAAGGCUAGUUGAAAAUUUCAGUGUUUUUUUUUUUCAGUUUAAGUAUCAGUUUUGAGGGAGAGCUUGUGCUAAGUUGCUAACUGCAAAUAUAGUGUUAGCCAGCUUUUUCUCUUGGAGAUUUGGCCACGCUGUAAAUUAUUUGUAUGCACGGAUGUUUAUUUGAUUUAUAUUUAUGA